AUGAGACUAAUCUUCUUUUAUCUGAUACAAUAUUUAUAUAUAUCAAUAUGCACAGCUGCCUCAAUCAAAGCAAAUCUUCCAGUCAUUGAAGUUAUUGGAAAUAAAUUCUUUAACUCAGAGACACAUGAACAAUUCUUCCUCAAAGGUAUCGCCUAUCAACCAAGCAGAAGUUUAGAUAUGCUAAUGGAUGCUGAUGAAACUUUUGAAACAAAAUACAUAGAUCCAUUAGCUGAUCCUGACAUUUGUUUAAGAGAUAUCCCUUAUUUGAAGAAAUUGAAUAUUAAUACAAUUAGAGUAUAUUCAAUCGAUCCUACUAAAUCUCAUGAAACUUGCAUGCAAGCAUUGGCAAACGAGGGUAUAUAUGUGUUAUUAGAUUUAGCUGAACCAGAUGUUUCGAUUGCCAGGGAUAAUCCUACUUGGGAUGUUACAAUUUGGAAAAGGUAUAGAGAUGUAAUUGAUGCAAUGAGCCAGUACACAAACAUUUUAGGCUACUUUGCAGGGAACGAAGUUACAAAUGACACGAGCAACACUGAUGCUUCACCAUUUGUGAAAGCUGCUAUCAGAGAUACUAAAAUGUACAUAAAGAAGAACUCCUAUAGAGAAAUACCAGUCGGAUAUUCUACAAAUGACGAUGUAGACACUAGAGACAACUUAGCUAAAUAUUUUGUAUGUAAGAAUGAAGACAAAAGUGCUGAUUCUUCAAUGAUGGUUGCUGACUUUUAUGGAAUAAAUAUGUAUGAAUGGUGCGGAUAUUCAUCUUAUGGAACAAGUGGUUAUAAGGAUAGAACAGAAGAGUUUAGGGAUUAUCCAGUUCCUAUAUUCUUCUCCGAGUUUGGCUGCAACCUAGUAAGACCUCGACCAUUCACUGAAGUUAGUGCUCUAUUUGGCUCUAAAAUGUCCAAUGUAUGGUCUGGUGGGUUGGCAUACAUGUAUUUUGAGGAAGAAAACCAAUAUGGUGUUGUUGAAGUUUCUAAAAAGAAUAGCAAAAUAGUUAAAGAGUUACCGGAUUUUAACUAUCUUGAAACUCAGUACAAAAAUGCCAAUCCAAGUGGUGUCACUAAGGAAGAAUAUUUGAAUUCUGCUAGUUACAAAAACUUGAUUAACAAUAUCGAAUGCCCAAAAAACUCAUUGAAUAAUGAAUUUUUUGAGGAAGAACUUGAACUUGCAUGGGAAGCAACUACGAACAAUUUACCUUCGACUCCAAAUACUGAGGAAUGUGCAUGUUUAAGUUCAUAUUUGCCUUGUAAAGCUUUAAUUGGAGAAAGUUUAGUUAACACCUUUAAUGUUGAAAAUCAUUUCAAGUAUUUAUGUGGUCAAGUAAAUUGUCAAGAGAUCAUUGCAGAUGGAAAGGCAGGUGUUUAUGGGAUAUAUUCAUCAUGUUCAACUGAGCAAAAAUUAUCUUUCCUUCUAAGUAAAUUAUAUUACAAUAAUUUACAUGAAGGUACGAUGAGAAAAAGCGAUAAAAUAUGUCCAGUACAAGAUAAAGGGUUCUUUUAUAAUAAAAAAUACGAUACAUUCAACAAUGGCAAUAUUGACAAUGUUUGUUCUCGUGAAAAUAUUAUGAGUAUCGAAAAGGCCUUAAAAUCUGAUUACACUAGAGCUAAUAACAACAAAGUAUCCGAUCCACUGAAAGGUGGGAAUAAAAAGGAUACACAGCGUGGUACCGAAAUGAAUGAGGGCUCUAAAUAUAGCACUAAAGUUGGAAUGUUGGCAAUAUUCUUCUUUCUUGCUACAAGUUUAUUAUGA